CAGUGAGUGUUACCUGUAUAGCGCAACAUGGUGGCUGCAUUCAGAAAACUAAACGUUAUGGCAAAUUUAACGUCAGUGUGGAGGUUAAUAAAUAGCUGUGAACACAGGUACCUUAAGGUGACAAGUAGCAUUUCCAAUUGAUUAGGUAGGAUGUUAAUGCAAGAUCUGGUCAGCCAAUCAGACGGAUAUCUCUCAAAGCCUUUUCCCACGGAAGAACAUAAAGAAUUGACUGAAAAGCUGCCAACAGAAGUGCAACUACUGCCAACGAUGCAGAACACACAGUAAAUACCAGGGUUCUAGCAUUCACAGACGGACUGUCACCAGCAAACAGCAUACUGUUGCCUUUGAACAAAGCUUUUCUUUUUAGUACCAGGAGGCUAAUGCCAAAAAAACAUGGAAAGAAAGCAAAACGUGUUACCAUCAAACGGAGAAAAACAAAAACACACUACUAUUUCACUGAGGGAAAUGAACAUCAUGGUGUCCGUCACCUCUGUUUUGAAGGAGAAAUCAUUUUCUCAAAACACAUCUUGACUUUUCCCUGAAACAAAAAUUUAACAGCAAUAAAAGUCAAACAACUAAAGAAAAGAAGUACAUUUAUCCACAGACUUACUAAAUCUCCCUGUCUCACAUUUUAGGAGGUUGUGGUGAGAACUUUCACCCGGAAAAUCAGGGAGGAGACGAUAUUCCCAAUAAAAUGUCAGAUUUGUUGAGUAAACUCUAGAUUCCAUUUUCCUGGGUGGGUCCAUCCAUCUUAUAAAUGCAGCCACCUGAAGCCAAACCAUCCUCUGACCUGAGCCAGCAACACACUUGUAAAAAAAUAACAUAAGCCACUUUUCGCGCAAGUUACAUAACACCAGAGAAAGGAGGAAUGCACACAGGAAUGUAAAGUGGCAUCUAAAACUUUCACUCCUGUGAUGAUGGAGGUAUCCUUUUCCAAUUGUUCUGACUUAAAACAGCAUCUCACUCCUUGCCAGCCAUCUGGAGACUAUUAUAGGUUAUAAAACAGCUGCACAGGAGUGGCUCCUUUUCCUGCCACCGCAGACUGGAAAACAAUAGAGGUCUCUGGGAGCGUGCACCGAGACAACCUGACCUCAUGCCACGUUGUCAAGCAUUCACCUGGAGGAUGCUCAGAUGUUGCAGCAAAGACUGGCACCAAGUUUUUAUUAUUUGUCUGGACAUGUGCAUCCUGCAGAGAGCUCACAGCCAGCAGCCAACAGUGAAGAAAAUUAGUGGUUGGCUUCCUGCUCACGUAGGGUUAAAUUCUCACAGACACAUGACUUCCUCUUCCAGACCUCUUGCUCCAACACCCCGACAAGCCCUCCUCAUUUUUCUUUUUUUUUUUCCCCCUCAAGUAAAUGUUAUAAAUAGUGCUGUGUGUUCUGUUCACUGGCCAUCCUCCUCUCAAAGUGAAUGUCUCUGCCCACCUCUGCGUGGCCGCACACCUUUUCACUUCUCUCGCUCUGCACAAACACAAACACACUCCGGCUCAACCUUUUCUUCUUCGCUGUUCCUCUCUGCUUGUACGACGCAGAGUCGGCUUCUGUUCAAGAUGCGUUGCGUGAGCUGGUUAUUGCUGGGAACCUGCCUCCUGGUCCUGGGCCCUGCGGUGCAGGGAGUCCCGACCCAGUGCCCGAGCCCAUGCCACUGCCACGGUGACCUCCAGCACGUCAUCUGCGACAACGUCGGGCUGAAGAAGAUCCCGCGUGUGUCGGAGGCCACCCGUUCUCUGAACCUGCAGAACAACAACCUGGGCAGCAUCCCCACAGGGGCCUUCAGCGAAAGCAAGGGCCUCAUCUCUCUGCACAUGCAGCACUGCAAGCUGCGAGAGAUCGGCUCCCAGGCCUUCAAGGGGUUGAAGAAGCUCGUCUACCUCUACCUGUCGCACAACGAGAUCAACAGCAUCAAGCCUGGUGCCUUCGAGGAUCUCACCGAGCUCACCUACCUCUACCUAGAAGGGAACCAGAUCAGCGACCUGGCGAAGGGCAUCUUCUCCCCAAUGAUUAAUCUCUUUACUCUGCAGCUCAACAAUAACAAGCUGCGGGAGCUGCGGGCGGGAACCUUCGCAGGCGCCAAAGACCUACGCUGGCUGCACAUGAGCGCCAACGAGCUGACAACGCUGCAGCCGGGCUCUCUGGACGACGUGGAGAACCUUGCCUUACUUCACCUGGACUCAAACAAGAUGUCCACUUAUCCAAUCGCGGCCAUGAGCAAACUACGGGUGGUGGAGGAGCUCAAACUGGGGGGGAACCCCAUGAAGACCAUCCCCGACAACGCCUUUCAGAGCUUUGGGCGCUACAUGGAGAAACUACACCUGGACAACAUGGGCCUGGAGAAGUUAUCUGAUGGUGCGUUCGUCGGUGUGACGGCAAUCAAGAUACUUAACCUGGACAACAACAAGCUAAGGUCCCUUCCCAGAAGCAUGGAGUUCGGCACACUCACCAACCUCACGCUCACCAACAACCCAUGGAACUGCACGUGUCAGCUGGCUCCACUGCGAAACUGGAUGGACUCCACCCGCAUCCGUCCAGACGCAGUGUGUGCGUCUCCUCCUUCGCAGAAAGGCAAGCAGGUCCGAGAAAGCAUCGGCAUCAGUGGCUGCAGACCGAAGAGACGAAGAGAGCCAGAGCAGAAGAAACCCAAAAAGGGAAAAAAACACUGAGCCUGCAGUUGUACAGGAGACACAGAGAAGGAGUCUGUCCAGGUGACCAGCUAGACUGUCCAUCUAUUCAUAUGCCACAUGUUGUCACACUUUCAUGAGUACACACUCUCUGCCUAUCAAACACAUACGGACCAGUUUUAUUCAUUUAUAACAAAGAUUAAGAUUUUAAUGUGAAGUGGAAGCAGGAUAAACGCAGGUAACCACCAAAAGAAAGGAUGCAUUUGGACAAAUGAAACAAAAAAGCCUUGUGGACAAGAGUUUGGUGUUAAAAUUAAUACCAGUCUUAACUUAGCUGGAAACAGCUAACUACAGCUAACUAUUUACCUUUUUUUAAUUCAUUAAACUCUGAGUCUUAUACAAGUCAUUAACCUUCAGGUAUAAAGUUCUCAGAUAGCUCUUCAUAAGAAUGUAAGUACGAUAAGCUCUUUUUUCCCCCCCAAAGUGUCAUACUAUUAUUUUAAUUUAUAGGUUUUCGCAGCAGAAACUGAAAUACUCUUUGAAAUACUGAAAUACUAUUUAGCUUUGCUGCUAAAUGCAGAUGGGUAAUUUUGUCUGAUUGUAAAUGAUAAGUUUGUGAUAAUAAUAUUAAAGAUGGCAGCAGCUUUAAAAUACGAAACACAAAGUGGUGCUUCAGUUCUGUGUACUUUUUAGUAUUUCACGUUUGGUUUUAGACUCCAGAAUGAAAAAGAAAAAAUAUAGUAAUAAUUUUAAAAACGCAAAAGCAAAAAAAAAAAAAGGCUCACUAUGUUAGCAUUUGUCUUUUGCCUUUUAAUAUAUGAAAAAAGAAGACAGAAAGAGAACUAAACAAGUAAAAAUUAGUAUUAGUAUUGAAUCCAUAUAAAACCAGAUGUUUUAGUAGGAGGAGAAGUCGUUACAGCAGUCAAAGAUUUUACAGCAAAAAUGGACCAGCAACAUCACUUUGGAAGAAUAUUCAGAUGUUAUUUUAAAAUAAGAUAUGUCACCUGAAUUUACCUCUGAGUGUCUGUUUUGUUUUCACAAGAAACAUCUGGAAAUCUUGUGCUGAAUCCUGAACAUGCCCUAAGCUGUUGUAAUGACUUGUCUGUGAAAACACCCGGUGUUUUUCCACUUUUUGUCUGUGGUUUGAAAAGCAAACUUGUAAUACCACAAAAAAUGUACAGACCCGCUACAUUAAGCUUAUAAACUGUUAAUCACUGAUGGCUACAAACAAGAUAAAGAGAGAAAAAUGACUUAUUGAAGUUUAAAGUGACCAAAAUAAGAAAUGGAUGAAUCCAAUUUUCUUUCUUUCUUUCUUUCUUUCUUUCUUUCUUUCCAGAAGACCUGUAAAACUGGGCCGAGUUUUCCUUUUUUUUUUUUUUUUGCUGCUGCUGCUGAGAAUGUAGAAACUGAGAGGUUAAAAAAAACAUGAACCAUUUCUUUCUCGAAGACUUAAUCUAAUGUGUAUUCUAAUGUAUAUUCAGCAUCUCUACAUUUCCACGACUUUUGGAAGUGGUAACAAGUUCUCACAUCCAAUAAACCUUUUAUAAAUUAA